CGGGAAAAUCGUGCGGCCCAAGUUUGUCGAACGCAAGGCUUUGAACGAAGAGGACCGAUUUUGUAGUUUAUCGUUAAUUUGCCAAGAUGGAGACAAGAGUAGCACUUUUUGCGGUAGCUCUUUCGCUGAUGGUUGGACUGGCAUUGGGAGUAAAACCUGGCAAGCCAACUCUUACUGUCAUCCCCGAUCCCGCUACCGUGGAUGCUGGCAUAACUGUGAAAUUUACCUGCGCGAAAAAUCCCUCUGAUUCCACGGACCCAACAACAUGGGCAUUCAAGAUAGACAGCACACCACAAACUACCGGUGUAGCUGGUGCAAUUUUCACCUAUGUUGCUGUGUUGGGUGACAACUCAAAGACCGUCACAUGCACAGCGAGCGAUGGUACUACACCUUCGGAUCCAUCUGAUGGCAAAACCCUCGGAAUUACUGCUCUUCUCGCACCGAUCCUUACCAGUAAUAUCACCGUCGCCAAUUCGAAGGUUACUGUGAAGAAUGGCUUCCCCGUCAAAUUUACAUGUGCCAAGAAUGCGAACGCUAAACAGGACGCAGUCAGUUACAAGUUCUACUCUACGACCGGGGGAACGACUACCGAAAUAACGAGUAGUACAGCCGGCGCAGCUAUCGCGGCAGGACCGCCAGCAGUGCUCACUCUGACAGCAUCUUCCUCCUGGGACGGGAAGGUAAUCAAGUGUGAGAGCUACAAUACUGCAGCGAGCAAAAUUUAUUCAUCUGUGACAUUUACACUGGGAGUUACACUGGUCCCGGAUGCACCGACGAUUACGUUCACGACCCCGCUCAAGGAGGGUGCUGAAUUGAAGGUGAAAUGCGUCCGAUCAGGCACUAUCGCUACGACAGAAUUCGAAAUCUAUGAAGGCACCACGAAGCUGACAACUAAUUUAACGUCAUCCACAGGAUCUCUUAAAGACAUAUAUACGGUGGCGAAAGUAACGGUGGCUAACCAAAAUGGGAAGAAGUACAAAUGCGGGGCUAAAAACAGUCUAGGAUUGAGUGCAUAUUCGACAGAGAAGCCCCUUGUAGUGACAGGUUCAGCGAGUCAACUAGUAGGCCUAUCCAUGACAACUAUGGCCCUCGUUCUGGUUCUUGGCGCCGUCUUCAAGGAAUAAAUUGGCUACGAAGAGGAAACCGACGGGGGAUAGCGUUAGUGCGUCACUUCAGAAACCUUUCAAUGUUGAAAUUAAGUCAUAAUCGUCUAUUACUGACUGUAUCAUGCGGGCAUACAAUUUAAUCUCGAUACACGUGAAAUAUUAAGUAGUUACGAUACAGUCUUCACUUGGUUUACGUUUUGAGAAAAACUUCCAUUGUGUCCUCGAGCAUAUUCUGUAUUUAUCAUUAGUACCUGGAACUUUGACGUCACACACUUUCGCUGUCCUUUUUGAAGAAAACCAUGACUCCGACUUUACUGGUACGUAAGUAACAUACAGAAUGUCAAACAAAUGCUGGUCGCCAAAGACGAAAUAACCACUCCGCCAUAUUCCGCAAGCAGCAAUGUUAAGAACAAAUCUAUCGCGCAUGUUCGGCACAGAAAGCUUUGCCAUGAUGGAGAAUGUACUCAACGUUUAUUGGCCAAUACCUGAUCGGUACUAACCGAAAUUAUACUUUGACAUACAUUUUGAGAACAUUUUGAGAACACGGUUAUCCUAUUUUUCCAAUACUACACUUCAUCACUCAUUCUCUGAAUAUGUUUUAUAGCUCUAUGUCAGAUGACGAUAUGCAAGCACAUGGUUCGUUCAAUUCAUAUACACAUGCAGUGACAUUUAUCCAAACCACCAACUGGUCAUGAAAUGAGAUAUCACCAGUGUUGAUAAGGACUAUGUGCUCAGUCAGACCAAGGAAGUUUUAUAAAGUUUAAUAGUACCUCCGUCCAUGAUCAAACUGCAAUAAAGGCCAUGUUGCAAGUAGUGUAACAUAACACAACUCGACAGCAUAAUUAGGGAAGGCUUAACUUGAAUGUGUCAACAAGCUGUCAGUUUGUCCAUCCAUCAGGUCUUACCAAAAGGAGAAAUGUCACUGCCUGUACGUGUUAGUCUACUAAAGUGGACAAGCGAAAUCAUUACGCGAUCGUCUUUUUUACUCUUAUCCUCCAUUGUUUUCUGUUCAAAAAAGUGCGCGUUUUCGUACGCCUGGGAGGUGUGGUAAGUGUAAGGGCCUGUUAAUCAUUGAUCGAACUGAUGUAUUUUGUUCUAAUGUAUGACCAAUUACAAAACAAGUACGAUAAGUCCUCUUAAUUUGGUAUUUCAUAUGUAUUUUCUGGAAAUACAAAGAGCUGUUGAUGCUGCUUGUUUUCGAAAAGCGAUCCUUUACUGAAAUAAUCGGAGAAUGGAAAUUUUGUAGCUUUUGUGUUUGUAAUAUAUAUGAAAUUGAAAUGAGCGCCUGUAAUUGCUUUCAAAUUUAACAAACACGCAGCUUAUCAUGUGAACAAUUCGACUUCGAAUUCAUUGUUGAUUAUUCGAUAUGGUAGAUGAAGCGUGUGGUAUCCUCCACAUAUGCCGCAGACUUGCGAUUGUUUUCGCAGAGACGUGAGGUUAUUCCUACAUAUGCAACAGAAUCAUCAGUCUGCGGGGUCACCGCGGGAGCUGCCUAGGCCAGAAGUCGGUCAGCACUGUGUAGUGUGUUGAAUAGUGGACAUGUCAUCCCGACAAGCGAUUUCACCCAAAGGAGAUCUUUUGAUGAUAAGUUUCAGUGACGAUUGUCACAAUCAUGUCUUUGCGGCCACAAUCGCUGUUCUGCGGCGCGUUUAUUUUCACCCGUCCAAUUGAACUCCAGUCCGUCCAUCAUAAAACUUGUUCGUCCCUUAGAUGGUUUUCCUGUGAGAAGUUUGUGCAUAGACGCAUGAUAAAGUGCCGUUCCAGGCAGGUGCAUUAUUAAAAAAAACCCAUCUUAGUGCUGGGACAAUUUUCAGGGAGUGACGGAUGAUCAUCCAACUACUGAGUUUUAUUGGGCCUUGUUCUGCUGAGAACCUGUGGACAUGUCUACUGCUUAACAGUGUUAUAAUGUAUUCCAGAUUUAGUAUGCAAAUGAUCUAUGCACAAAUGUCCAUUUGACGUUGUGACGGUAUGUAACAUAACUUGCACAUAAAUGUACAGGGAUGCUUUAUCAUACAGUUUAUAUCAGAAAAAAUGCAAUUUGUUUUCUAAUGGAAUUCUUGAGUUAGACAAUCGAAUUGACGUGUGGAAAGGAAGACCCUUCACGCCUAAAAUGAGGUUGUCAGUGGGUACUUAGUCACUGGGACACCCUGUGCACAUUCACAAAACUUUAAUUCGCUUGUUAAAAUAGUAACAUGCCUCAUUUCUAUCCCGGAUAUGACGAUGAUACGAUUUGAGAAGUCUCGCACGUAACGGGUAGAACCUAUAAAGUCUUUCUCCUUCAAGGAAAACACUGCGUUGCGCAUGACUGCAAAUCAUGCACUAAUCAAGGGAACAGGAGGUGGCAGUUUGAGCGCAACGUAACGCAGUUUUCUUUGUAGGAGAUAGGUUUUAUAGGUCAUACCCGUUACGCGCGAGACUUCUCAAACUGUACCAUCGUCAUAUCCGGGACCGAAGUUCCAACGUAAAGUAUUGUUGUGACAGCAAAGUUGGGCAAGAUGGCGGCGUAUUGCAUCACGUGUUUGUUACCUGAUCUUGAGGAACAGUGUUUCUCGAUGCAGAGCAAUGCACUGUGAUGAAAUGGGACUUCAUCUUACGGUCUCUUCAAAGUGUUUGAUGUGAUAUUAAAAGCAUCCCUAACCGUGGUAGUAUAUAGAUAGCACUUGUAAAAACGUCACAUAAGUCUAAAAUGGCAUUAGCCCAUUGCACCUCAGAGGACUACGGGUUUUUGGAGAAUGUUUUGGAUAGAUAAGUUUCAACUUUUAAUGGGACGAAUACCCAGGACCACUUCUUGUCUUAGGCUGAAAGCAGUGGGCCGCAUAUCACAGAAAGAGUACAACUUCUGAUUAUGCACGAAGUGCCUUUGAUUUUAUGGAAUGACAUGAGGAGAGCAUUGUAUCAGUGCUGCACUGGCCUAACCCUUAAGUGACAACUUUCAAUGGCAAACAAGGGCCUUGCUCCGAAUGCUCCCUUGAUCUGAAUCUACGUUGACAAAAUUAAGACGUGCCUGAAAGAUCACGCAUUUUGUCUCAUCUUCUCUGAAACGUUCUCGAAACAUCCGUAGCUUUAAAAUGGUGGCACGUUUGUGUUGAGUCCGUCGUUUGGUCAUAGAUGGUAGUCCAAGACCGAAAAAUGUCGCGCCACCGCGCGGGUCAAAGUGAAACCUCCUGUUUCAAAAUUUCAACGAGAAGUACCCACUUUGAGAAAUGGAGCAAUUUGAUUCGUCCAAGAACGAAAGCACACAUGAGAUUUGUUUAUUGUUUCUGGUCUCACCGCUUGUGUGUGAUUCUUGACUAAAUUCAGAGCUGGAAGUACCGCCGUUUCUUUUUAAAUUUUGCUGCAAGUGGUGAGACUUGAAAGCAGUUCAGAUUGCGAAAGAUAAAAACUGGGAGAGCAGAGCUGGAAUUACCGAACAACCCAUUUGUCCUUUUGGUAAUUAGUAUUUAUAAUUACUGGUUUUCAGAAAUUACAUUUUGCUUGGAUAUGUCGCAAUGGAUCCUUAUUGACUUCCUUGUGACAUCGAGCACAUUUUAUCUGAUCUCAACCUCAUGGGUUGACUACCCUCUUGUAGGAAUGGUUUCACAGCAUCUUAGCAACCCCUGUGGGCGAGGUCGAGUUGAAUACAUUGUUGUUCUGGACCAUACCGAGUGCUGAAGCAACUUGUUUUAGCCAGGGAAGUUGCGAAAAGACUCAUUGAUACUUUUACCAAAAUGGCGUUUUGGGUUACUUGUGAGAUUUAAGUUUUGCCUUUUUUACUUUGAAGCUGAACUAAAGCCCGGUGAACUGAUGACUCUAUGAUUGGGGUAACCCUUUUAAACGAUUGUUUCCGGGACUUUCGUAUAUCAUGCAUUAUUCACGGAGUAUAAGACUGUAUGCAGUGACAAAGCGUAUUAAAAGUACGUCAAAACAUCAGAACUUAGAUACAUUUUUCAAAGUGUUUCCCUCGAGAAUUACAUAAUAUCGUCAAGAAAGAAAAAUACCCUAAUCCUCAUACAUUUGUAUCAAACAUGUCAACGAUGGUGUUGUUUGAAAUGACCACUAACAGUCGAUUCAAGAAUCACUCGGCAUCUUUUUACUACCAGAGUAAUUUUUUUGUACUUUUAUGUCACUUACUCAGUGUUGAUAAUGCAUUUUAAGCAGGGAGUUGCUUUAGUUCAGUUUAUGCCCACGAGGUAACGCGACAUUUAAUUUUUGGAAUGGGACUCGGCCUUUUUUCGAAAUUUACUUAUCGCCUCUUCUGUAACUUUUUACAUCAUAUAUUCGAUAAAUUCGAAAGAUGAGUGGCGCAGUCAAAUCUAGGAAAGGGUCGAAAUGUUUGCUAAUAGUGACGUCAUGUUAAUAACAAUAACAACACGAGUCCCUUGUUGGAGCGAAAAUUGUCGCGUCUCAAUAUUGUCAGUUUUGCAUUCGUAUGACGUCAUUAAGAUCAAAUCAUUUCAUCUCGAGGGUUGUGGUAUCAGAGUCAGAAUUUGAACAUUAAGUAACGAAGUAAAAUCUAUCAGCGUAAAAUGUCGAUGAAACUAUUCUUUAAUAAUGACAUGACAUAAGGCACCUAUUCCAUAGAGCUAUACCCUAUACUAUACUAUACGCGAACAAUAGUUUCAUGGUCAUGCACCCUUUGUGAAGCCAUUGUUCGCGUAUAGUGUAGUAUACCGUAUACCUCUAUGGGGAAGGUGCCUAUCAGUUGACAUAACAAUCACUUCCAAAAUUGACUUUCCACGAAGAAGCUUACUUACCUUUCAAAUGAAUCAACUCAUUCAUAAGUUUAAAAUUUCUAUUGGUAAUCAUAUUUGACCAAAACCUUCUAUUUCACCGUUAUAACAUGUAAGCUGACUUUUGAAGAACUAAGUUGGAAAUUAAAGACAUUUCUGGCAGAUGCUCCCACGAGCCUUGUUGCAUCUUCUAUGACUAGGUGAUGGAUCCACUUACGGGGUUCGGUGUUGCACAUAAAGCAUAAUAAACAUUGUACUUCAAUCACGCUGUAUUAAAUAUAAUUUUGUUAUGUUUAUCUAUAAUAAAAAAUAUAACUUAAAAAAAUACAAAA